AUGUUUCUCUUCCGCCACAGUGCCGAGCCCAUGGAAGAGGAAGAGGUGCACCAUGAACCGGUCGACAGCACGAUGGAGCCCCAUAAUCCCGACACCGCUGCGGCUGAAGAGCGCAGAACGUGCGCGGAUGUGGCUAACGGCGAUAUCUUGCGCGAGGUGUCCGGCUUCGCAGAGUCGUUCGAGGAAACUGGAGGGGCACCGCACACCCCGCGCGAAGGCACCGUGCCGCCGCCCAGUAUGCAUGAUAUGGAGCACCAGUAUCCGCAUGACGACGACGACGAGGCGGAUUUGGCCGCUGCUGCACCGGCCGCAUCGGCCCCAGCUCCAUCCUACGGUGUCCCGACACUACCAAUGCCGCGCACUUGCAACGAGGACCCUCAAGCUGAAGCGGACGGGAACGGCACCCAGCGCCAUCGCAGCUACUCGCACACCUCACGUUUCGCGGCGCCGUCGCCACGCUCCAUCAGUGGCAUCAGCCGUGGCCGCUCCUACUCGCUGAGCGGCCUCAGCUCCACCGAUCUGGCGGAUAUGCACGAGCAACAGUACCGCCGCUGCACCUCUGUCGUCAAGUCCGCGCGCUGCAUCUCGGCACGCCGGGCGAGCUCUGUGAACGGGGUCGUCGGCGUCAUCGAUGACUUCUACAGGUUGGCCAGCGGCCGUAGCAGUGCCAUGACUGAGGGUGAGCGGGUCGCAGUGGAGCGGAUGAUGGAGAACGAGUACCGCCGACAGGAGGUGGCAGAGCGCUCGGCGCAGUUCGCGCUCGCGCGCGAGUCCACCAUUGUCAACGAGGAGCUCGCUCGAGAAAAGGCCACGUAUGUGCGGCGCAGGCGUCUGAAUGAGGAGCUGCACGCGCGAAUGGCGAAGAGCAGCCGCAUCCGCCAGGAGCGCAUGACCGCCGCGGCGCAGCGUCGGGAAGAGGUAGAACAAGAGCGGCUGCGUGUGCUCUACGACUCGAUGAUGGAGAAAAACACCCGCUACCACUUCCGCAAUCCGUACGCGAUGAUGGCUGCGCAGCGUCGCUACAGCGUGGAAAUCCGUAGCCCUGCUGCGAUCGCGCCGCAGCGGCGCACCUCCUCGCCGUUCGCGAAGGCAAACGGGAAUGUUCAGAUGAGCCCCCGCUCGAGCGAGGGGGUUACGAACGGCGCUACGGAGGUCCGCUGUACCUCGUCUCCCGCCACAAGGCGGCGUAGCAGCACCCCGAGUAUUGCCAAGUCCAAGCCGCCACAGUGCCUGCCGCUCGAUGCCUGGAAGAAGCUGGAGCAGCCACGUAAGGACUCGCACCACAGCAACAUCUCUGCUGAGCGCCGGUGCCUAUCGCCGAAUGACUGGCGGGCCAACGCGUUGGUGGAACACUCACGCCAAUGGCACUAA